AUGGAGGAGCACAUUUAUAAUUUGGAUAUAGAGAUGGGUGUUUUGAGGCAUACAUUUAAUUCUGGGAAAACAAAGGAUGAAUCAUGGAGGAAGACACAGCUCAAGAAUCUGCUGUCUCUGCUUACGGAGAACGAGGCCGAGAUUUACUCUGCACUAAGACAAGAUUUGGGAAAACACCCAGUUGAAUCAUUUAGAGAUGAGGCCGAAUUACCGCUUGCUGCAUUCCCUACAAGCGCGCAUUUAGUCCCCGAGCCACUUGGGUUGGUCCUCAUCAUAUCACCAUGGAAUUUCCCUUUUGGACUUUCAUUGGAAGCACUUGUAGGAGCAAUUGCAGCUGGGAAUGCCGUUGUCCUAAAACCUUCAGAACUUGCGCCAGCAUCAUCCUCGACUCUAGCCAAAUUACUGCACUCUUAUUUGGACACUAAAGCCAUAAAAAUCUUCGAAGGGGGCGCCUCAGUUGGGGAGGAGCUAUUGCAGCACAAAUGGGACAAGAUAUUUUUCACAGGUAGUUCGAAUGUGGCGCGCAACGUGAUGACUGCGGCCGCCAAGAAUCUGACCCCUGUUGCAUUAGAAUUAGGCGGGAAAUGCCCGGCGGUUGUUGACUGUCUUCCGAGUUCUUGGGAUCAGAAGAUUGCAUUGCGACGUAUGCUUUCAGCGAAGUUUGGGACUUGUGCUGGCCAAGCCUGCAUAGCCAUUGACUAUAUUCUUGUCGAGAAGAAUUUUGCAUCCACUUUGGUGGAACUACUAAAGGCUUCCAUUCGCAGUAUGUUUGGGGAAAAUCCAAACGAAUCAAAUACCAUUGCUAGAAUAAUCAACAAAAGUCACUUUUCUCGUUUACGUAACCUCUUAAGUGAACCAGAGGUCGAGGCUUCUGUAGUCCAUGGCGGUUCACUAGAUGAAGAUAACCUCUUCAUAGAACCAACUUUACUAGUGGAUCCACCGCUUAAGUCUGGGAUCAUGACCGAAGAAAUUUUUGGUCCAUUACUUCCUAUCAUCACUUUGGAGAAAAUUGAAGAUAGCGUUGAGUUCAUCAGUUCAAGGCCUAGGCCGCUCGCUAUUUAUGCAUUUACAAAUAAUGAAGGAUUCAAGAAAAAGUUGUCAUCUGGCACGACUUCAUCCAGCAUUGUUUUUAACGAUGCUAUCAUCCAAUAUGUAGCUGAUUCGCUUCCAUUUGGAGGAGUCGGUGAGAGUGGGUUUGGGAGGUAUCAUGGGAAGUUCUCAUUUGACUUGUUCUCUCAUGAGAAAGUGGUUGUAAGAAGGAGCUUCAUUGUGGAUUUCUGGUUCAGAUAUCCUCCUUGGAAUCAACAUAAGCUGCACCUCUUUAGAUCUGCCUACCGAUAUGAUUAUCUCGGAAUUAUUCUCAUCAUUCUUGGCUUGAAAAAGUCGUGAAAAGAGACUCUAAAGAUUGAUAAAUAAAUUAGCUCUAUUCAUUAAGCUUGAAAGGGCUUUGUCUGUGAUUCAUGCUUAAAAUGGGAUUGUCUUUGUAUGAUCCAACGGUAAAAAAAAUUGGUGAGGACACUUAGGAUCAACUUUAUAUUUAAUAUGAAGUGAUUACUUGUCGUGUUUGGGGUUUGAAUAAAAUGGAGCGAUUGUAUUGUAGUUUUUAACCGUGCUACAAGAUGUAUGCAUGCGGCAACGUUGUGUGGGUUCAAUGUAAAAUGGAUAAUUGAUGUAAUAAUUAAUGCAGUAAUAAAUGCUCUAAAAGUUC